AUGAAAGUGGACGCUAUUUCUGCCCCGCUCGAUCACUGUGUCCAUUUUGCGAGCUCGAACCUUCUGGCACACGCCUCCGGACUUUAUUGUCACCCCACACCCAAAGGCCCACCAAUUCACUCCGAAACGCCUUACAUUUGCACACCCAAAACAUGUUUAUACACGUAUGAAAUUAAGGGUAUAUUCGCGCAUGAAUCCUCUUGUCUGACAAUAUCGUGGCCAUUUUCCGCUGUCUCCCACUCGACGCCUUGUCCCAUUCCCCUCGGACAUGUAUGUACACGAAAUCUUCUUUGCUCGUUUCCACUUUAUUUUCCCUCCUCUCAUUUGCCAUUGCCUCUGCUCCCAGUCCACUCCAGUUAUCCUCCAUAUCUCACCGCCACCAUUUGCAUCGGCUCCAUCUCCUCCACCUUUCUAGACCUCUUAACGGUCCACUUUCAUUCGUCUUACUUAUCCUCCAUUCGACUCUUCUGCCUCGGGUGCGUUGGCUGCAUUCCAACUAGCGAUCAUCAUAAAGGGGGCGAAAAAAAACAAUCCUGCCUCGGCCGGUCGAACUGCCCUUGCGACUACGGCUGCAACGGUCGGCACAAUCCACCCUGA